AUGGAGCGACUCCCGCUAUCCCCCGCUGUGCUCUUGCUCACCAUCACCCUCCCCAUUCUAUACUUCUGGAUUCUACACACACCACCAGCCAGGCACCAUGGGAAGCAACUUCCCCUCCCCCCAGGGCCUCCAAAACUCCCCAAAAUUGGCAACCUCCACCAGGUACCCCGCCAGAUCCCAUGGAAGAAGUACAAAGAAUGGUCCGACACUUACGGCCCCAUCAUGUCCGUCCAACUAGCCAACACCACAGCCGUCGUCUUCUCCUCCUGGGACCUCAUCAAAACCCACGUUGAACGCCGAAACACAAUCUACAGCAGCCGACCCUCCGUGCCCUUCUUCCUCCACGCGACAGGUGGCCUGAACGCGGCUAUUCUCCCCUACGGACCGGAAUGGAAACUCCAGCGGGCCAUCCGCAGCUCCGUCCUCAAACCCUCCAUGACGAGCAAGUACCGGGACGUCCAGAACAUGGAAACGACGCAGCUCCUGCACGAGCUGCUAUCCACGAACGACUUCUCCGUUUGUCUGCGUCGGUGUAUUGCCAGUAUCUUUCUCACUGUGGCGUAUGGGGAGCGAUGUGUCGAUCAUGCCGGGUUGGAGGCGAUUGACCGGCUCGAGGAGCUGAAUCGCGCUAUCGCACUGCACGCCGAGGCGCUUUUUUCUGGCGCUGCUGGCAUUCUCGCCCAGUUGGUCCUCCCUAAAGCACUGGUUGAUCGGCUGCCGGUCCGGUGGAAGAAGGACGCUGAUAUCCUGCACGAUCGGCUGACUGCUGACCUGGUAGCACGGACGAGGGCUGCGCUGCUCCGACCGGGCUGGAACUGGGUCAAGGCAUUCGCCACGAAGGAGGGGACUGGGAGCGGGGAAGGUGACGGGGAGCAGGGAAGGGAGGCUGGGUUGAAGCGUCUCGCGUAUAUGGUCGGGUCGCUGUACGAGGCCUCCAUGGCUGCGUCACAGGCACUCCGAGUCAUCAUCCUCGCCGGUAUCUUAUACCCGGAUGCCACACGGCGAAUGCACGACGAGCUAGACGCGGUGGUCGGAAAGGACCGCCUUCCCGACUUCAACGACGCAGCCCAAUUGCCCUAUACACUAGCCUUCAUCAAAGAAGCCAUGCGCUGGCGCUCCCUAACACCCAUGGGAUCACCCCGUGCCACAUCCGACGAAGACGAAUGCAGAUGCUACCACAUCCCUCGUGGAGCUACUGUCCUGGUCAACGUGUGGGCGAUAAACCACGACGAGGCGGUGUUUCUCGACCCCUUCACGUUCAAGCCGGAGAGAUGGAUCGAGAACCCGGACUUACCGCAGAUGCUGUAUGGGAUGGGCCAGCGCGCGUGUCCGGGGCGCCACAUGGGGCAGGACUCGUUGUUCCUGGCCACUGCUCGUUUGUUUUGGGCGUUCGAUAUGGCCCUGCCGGAUGGUGCGGAGGCGAUUGACCAGGAGCGGUUCUUGGAUAGUGGGACGACCCUCGCGGCGUUCGUACCGGAUUUUGAGGUGAAAUUUACGCCGAGGUCGGGGAAGCAUCGGCAGGUCAUUGAGAAUAGCGUGGUUGUGUCAUCGGAUGUCUUGUCAGUUGCCGUGGCUACAUAG